GUUGUCUAAUUUUAUCAGCCACCAAAGUCAGGACCGGGCAUCGCGGGGAUUUACGCCCUUAUAAUUAUCCUUUCGUGCUAAUCCUUUUUUUAGAGCAUGCAAUACCCAUGCACCUGGAAUGUGAUCACUUCGUGAAUUUGGCGCAUUGUGCUUUUCACGCGAUAGCCUCAGGCUUAUCAUCGCACUCCCAUGAGUGAAGAUAUUGAAACCAGCGGCGGGUGUUACUGCGGACAGCUGCGCUACACAGUCAGAGGUCUACCUCUUCUAAGCGCCUUUUGUCACUGCACACUUUGCCAGAGGUGUAACGCUGCACCGUUCAUUCACACCAUCCAUUUCUCCAGCGCAGCCUUCUCCUGGACGCGAUUCGAAGAGAGCAAAGUCCACAUCUUCGAAGUUACCGAUAACUUGGAUAAACCUUGGAAAAGGCGUCAUCGUUGUGCGAACUGCGGUUGCACAGUCGCCGCAUUUAACAUAAAGAAAGAUAAAUGGAGCGUUUGGGGUGCUCAGCUGGACAGAGAUGAUGCAGGGAAGAGAAAGAACUGGGAGCUGUUGAAACCGACUGCCCAUAAUUUCUACGAGACCAGGAUGAUUGACAUUGCUGAUGACUUGGGCAAAUGGGAUGGAUACGAAGGUUUAUCAAAUAGACUUCUCAUGUAAUCCGAGAAAACGAAGAAAUACCAUUACGC